GGGGCUGCUGGCGCCCUGGCGGCGGUCUUUCAGGUCGGCCAUAUUUUCUCUCGUGGGCCUCAGUCAAGAAGCUGGUGAUUCCUUGAUAAUCCCUGGGGAUGCGAGCUGUGAGCGGUGUUACCGCGCGUUCUCUAUCUGUGAAUCAGUGAUCGCUGUUCGAUCAUGGCUAAAGGAACUAAAAAUUUGAGUGGGAGACGGUCAUCGUCGCGGAAUGCGAGGCCCUACGACGCAAACAAUUCAUUUGUAAAAAAGGUGGCAACAAAGGUAACAGAUCUUAUACCGCAAAGGUCAUGGAUCAGUAAAUGGUUCAAUUCCUCCCAAAAUGAAGGAGAUGUAUUAGUCGAUACUGAGAACCCUGAACAGGUAGAAUCUGAAGAAGACAUCCAAAAGCCUCCACCUUCAAAACGACCAUGUAUUCGUAUGGAUGUCACUUAUCCAUCUGGUACAUUCGUAAUCCAACCAAGAGCUAAAGCUCCAUUGAACAAAACCAGUCCAUCUAAACUACAAUAUUCAAUCCAUAAUGAGACGUCUGAGGAUUUCUCUGUACCUGUGAUGGCUGGGCCAAGUGGGACAAAUUUAAUAUCGUCCACACCUGCAAUACAAACAGAUAUUAGAAAUAUAACACCUCAGAGAGCUGACUUGAAUUCAUUGGUCGUUGCAACAAAUAAUGGAGCUACAAAUGGCACAGAUGACAAUUCUGAGUCUAGCGAAAGUACUAGUGGUUGCAGCUCUCUUAUUCCACAAACAAACAGACAGGAGGCCCCUUCAAAUGUCUCCUACAAUUCUCCAUUUUCUAACAAAAAGAGAUUUAUCAAUGAAAAAUUAACGUUUACCAAUCAUACACAGUCUCCAAGGUCUUUAUUCCUAGAUAGCAAUAGGGACACGCUAAGCAGUCGUAGACCAAGUUUUAACGCGUCGAUGAUGACAAACACACCAGAUCAUGUAUCGCCGUUGUCAUCACCUUUCUAUAGUGGAAAUAUUACUUUUGGUGGAGCGAAUGCAGCCGAUCUGUACAAACGUGGUCGCUGUUUAUUUAACAGCUCAAACGAGAUUCAACUUAAGGUUCCAAGAAGAACAAGAGUUGAAGUAAAACCAUUAAAUAUAUCUGGGAUUGAUUCAUCUGGCAUGAGUCAAACAGCAAAAAAAAUAUUAGAGGCAUUGGAACAUUUUUCGUCGCCGGUAACGGACGCUAAAAAGAUUCCAUUAAAAAUGUUGAAUAACACGUCGAUGUAUAAAAAAAGAGCUAGGGAGGAAAUAUUGCCAACCAAAGUUGGACUGCGUCAUUUGACGCGCGAAUUAACUGUGCCGACUAUUCCCGAUAUAUUAAAGUUGAGAAGGCGUCAGAAACUGCAGGACACUACGCUUGUGGCUAGGAAAAUUGUCUCAGCUCGCAGUGAGCCACCACCUCCACAAGAAUACCAUAUUAGGACGCAAGGUGAUGAAGACUCAAAGCAUCUGGGGAAGAUCAAGACUACAGCGACGAAUUUCGAACAAGAAGAGGCAAUUCAACCAGUCAAUCUACCAUGUAUACCUUUGCCGAUAACGUCUUUACCUAAUUUUAAUUUCAUGCCAGUUGUUAACUUAAAGUCGUCGGACAAAACUCCUAUGGAAGAAACAUUUACCUUUGCGAGUCCUAUAAAAGUAACGAAUGUUACAAAUACCUUGAAGUCUAUCAACAACUUUACAUUUAGUAGUCCGCUUAAUGCUGACAAACAGUCAAUUGACAGAUCUAGUAACUCAAGUUCGCCUUUAAAAAGAAGUGGUAAGGCUGUUGUGUCAUCUACCAAUUGUAUAGCUUCUGUGACACAAAAUUUCGUCUGGUAUGGUUCGUCUACGGCACCCAGACCGAAAGAGAACAUUAAAAAGGCAGAUAAUAUUGUUCCUGCUACUUCAAAAGACUUAAAAUCAGGAAGCGUGAUGGAUAUCCUCAGUUCUAAAUCAGCGAAAAUUGAGCCUCAAAAGUCAAGUAAUACGAAGGUACAAGAUUCCACUGAUAACAAAGAAAAGACAAUUACCUCAGGCACAAGUAAAGAUUUAGUUAAAACUGUGAACUUAAAAUCUGGUCUAUUACAAGAUACUUCAUCUAUGUGGGAAUGUUCCGAGUGUUUAAUCAAGAACAGUAACUCUGAAACCCAGUGCUUUGCUUGUAAAACUGCCAAACCGAAUCCGAAAGACAAUAAAAUAUGUGAAUUGCCAUCAACACUCUCAAAUGCUAAUGAUUCGAAUCCAGGCAAUAACAAGUUUGGAUCCGAGUUUAAACUUUCUAGUGAUCAGUGGGAAUGUUCGUCGUGUUAUUUAAGAAAUAAGCAAACUGAUGAUAAAUGUGUUGCUUGCAAUGCACUCAAACUAAACUCUAUACACAAAGCUAACUCAAACAUAGCAAAAUUAUCAAACUCUGACAUAAAUAAUGUCGUUGACAGUGUACAAGGACCUGGAGAAUGUUCCAAGUGUAUACUAAAAAUUAUUGGAAGUUCAAUCGUGUGCUCUUGUAGCGCAUCUAAAUCAAGUCCUAAAAGGAAUGAAGACUCUAAUGAUUUGAGUACCUCAACUAAUCAGAAGACAUUGAAUAAUUUAGUUGUUAAAAAUGAAAUAAUGGAGAAGUUUAAACCAGGUAAAGAUACUUGGGAGUGUCCUUGUUGUAUGGUCAGGAACGCGGCUUCUGUUGAUACUUGUCCCUGUUGUAACACAACCAAGCCUAGUACUGGAGGUACAAUGAAAACUGCUACACCAUUGGUUCCGAAUGGAUUUGGAGAUAAAUUUAAGAAACCUGAGGGUGCGUGGAACUGUGAUAUCUGUAUGUUACAAAAUGAAGCGAAAGCUACCGAGUGUGUUGCCUGCGGAGGUUUAAAACCUGGAAUAAAGAAGUCGGAUAACUCAUCUACAAACGUUAGUUCCAGUUUACAAUUCAAUUUUGGUAUGCCUUCAAUUACUGGCGGCUUUAAUUUUGGAAUAGAUAAAGCUAAUCAACAGAAGACAGAGAGUAUAACGUCUACGAGUACCUUUAAAUUUGGUGCGAGUCAACCGAGUAGCCAAGCUAGCCAAUUCACGUUUGGCGUUCAGAAAGAACAGAAGAUGUUGAAUGAAACGUUAAAAACUGGAAACACUACUAUAGAAAGUGGAUUUGGAUUACAAGCAAAGAAUAGUGAGAAAACAAAGAUUAAGCAAGUUUCAGAAAAACCAAUGUCAGCGUUCUCCUUUGGUAUACCAAAAACUGAGAACUUAGCAGGAAACAAUAAACCUGUCACUACAUCAUCUUCUACAACGCUUCCAGCUACCUUCACAUUCGGCGUACCGAAACCCGAAACCAAAAAAUCAGAUAUAGAAAAGCAAAGUUCAUUGUUUGGAAAUACAAUGACACAAGUUUCAGAGUCAACUACAGGUACUACUGAAUCCACUGUCACCAGUGGUAACGCAUUAAUUACUUCGCCGAAUAGCUCCCAAGAGAUUAAACCAGCCGGUAUAUUCGCAUUCGGUGUACCGAACUCCACGACUGCAGUUUGCAGCGUUUCUACCAGUGUAGUAACAAGUCUUCCGUCUUCUACUCAAUCUUCCUUCGCGUUUCCUGAAACAAAACUAGCGCAAACGUCAAUACCCACUUUCAAUCAGUUAGUGACAUCAACGCCUGCAUCGUCAUCUAAUACUUUCACAUUCGGAGAGAGUAAAACGGCAGAGGGUGGCUUGGCAACUAAAACUUUCGGUGCGCUACCAAACGGUUCUGGAAACUCAAUAUUUUCAAGUGUCUCUAGUACUCCAUCGUUAUUUGACAACACCGAUGCGAAAACUAUUCCGGCAUUUGGUACAAAAGAGAACAAACAAGCUACAUUUGUUGCAAAUCCAAGUAAACCGUCUCCAUUCGCGAUACCAGAGAAUAAAGUAGCAACAUUCGGUAACGCGGAGAGCAAACCAUCAAUCUUUGGAUCCUCUGAUGCUAAGUUGCCUGUAUUCGGGUGUACUGAUACUAAAACAACAUCUUUGUUCAAUUCAACUCCCCAAACGCCAGCCGCAACAUUCAGUGCGUCUUCAACCACGCCGUCGACCACCCUCUUUGGGUCAUCAGCUACACCUAUCUUUGGUAGCAGCGGUUCAACAUUUGUCAGCGACGCGAAGUCCAAUAUGUUUGGAUCUACUUCCAAACCAGACGAAACUAACACGCCAAGUUCAAAUUUGUUCACGUUCAGCGCUACUCCUCAACCAGUGGCGCAAUCAGGAACAGGAUUCAACUUUUCUGGGAAUGCCAAUCCUUCGGAGGGGUCCACUCAGAAACCAUUGUUCACCUUUGGUAGCGGCACGAGUACGUCACAAAGUGGCAAUGUGUUUGGAAGUACGUUCAAUACUCCUGCUUCAAACACUUCUGGAUUCACUUUUAAUGCACCUAAACCUGAAAUACCAACGUUCGGUCAGUCCACUGUACCGCCGUUAAUCUUUGGAGUAACUCAGGCUGCAUCUCAGAAUCAACACUCAUCGUCAUUUACACCAAGUUCAAGUACAGGAUUCAAUUUUGGGUCCACCGUACCUGCUACAUCUUCGGGUGGCUUUAACUUUGGCGCAUCAACGUCCAAUCCUACAUCAUCCACAGGAUUUAACUUCAAUGCUCCCAGUACUACUCCGACGUUCGAUCCCAAUACUCCACCAUCCUACAACUUCACCGGUGGAAACGCGCCUGUGACAUUCAAUGGUACACCUCAAGCUGUAAGGAAGAUCAAGAAGGCCUUCAGAAGAGUACGGUAAAGAGCGAGUAACAGGAGACGCUAAUUGUGCAUACACUCGGAUGCUUUUUUACACCUGUGUAUGUGGAGAUACAUUAAACAGUUACAGUACAGUGAAGAAUAUCACGUAUACGUGGUGGUAUACCAGGCACUUUGUGUAAUAUAUGAGUCUACUGAUGGUAAUAUGCUUGCGUACAGCCACUUGUGUUCCACAGGAUCUGUAAAUUAUAAAUUAUUUAAAUUAUACAAUAAUAACGGUUGAUAAUUGACGCUGGCAUAAAGCCACUUUUACCAAUAGGACGGAUCGUGAUGAGAUCCCAUUACUUUGCCCAAAUCAGACCUUGAAUAUAUACUGACAUGGAAAAAGAAGCUUACACGUUCAAACAGAAGAUAAGCACUGAGUGUGUGCAGUUCAUUGAAGACGAUGAGUGGGAGUGCACCUUCGGGUAAGUAUAAGUCGUUCACAACUCGUGACAACAUUUUUAUGACUGAACAAAUGGUGAAAUUAUAUUCUUUUUUUUGUUGAUAUUAUAAAAAAUAUUCUUGGAUUUACAAGGCUGUAGUUACGGUCGCUGAAAUUCUCACUAAUUUCACUUACUAAUUUAACUAUGUCU